GAGAGAGAGAGAGGAGAAGAGAGGAGAGAGCGCGCGUGUGGUCAGUGUGUUCUCCGCUCUCUUGUACAGCGCACGCGGCCGUGUGUGUAUGUGUGAGUGUGUGUGUAUGAGGGAGUGUGUGUGUGUGUGUGUCUCGCUCCGGACUCCUUCGCGUCUUCGUUCCGAGCUGUGAGCCGGCAGGUGGGAAUGACAUGAGCACCCAUGAGAGGAAAAGAGGGAGAGACGUACGAGGACAGCAGGUCUUCCUGAGAGCCGAAGAGCCGCCCGCCCUCUCCACCACCGUACAGCACUGAGUGUGUCCAAAUGCAGAGCCGACGGUGCAACCAUUCGUCCAACAUGCACCACCCGAGCGUCCAGGAUGCAUUGCUGCGGCUGGCCUCCAUCGUUGAUGCCAGCAACCUGCGGGUGGCCAUUAAAGAGACACUGGAGGCACUGCUGCCCAAAGUGGAGAGUGUGUUCGUGUACCUGCUGGAGGCGGAGUCUCAGAUGGUGUGUGAUGAUCCACCCCAUGAGCUACAUGCAGAAGGCAAACUCAGGGAGUUGCUGGUGCAGAAGAAGAGGGUGGUUUGCGCCGGUUUGCCAUCUACAGAACUGCAGGAGAAACAGAGAAGCAGCCUCGCAGCACCUCUCCCACCAGACAAACGAGUGGUGAUCAUUCCAUUGGUUGAUGAAGAUGAAGACAAGGUUCUUUCCCUCAUGCUGGUCAGCUGCCGACAGCUCAUGGACCAGGAUGAGCAGAACCUUAAUCUUCUGGAGAAGCAUCUUACCGUAGCCUGUAAAAGAGUGCAGGCACUACAGAGGACCUCAACAUGGCCGUCAGCCCAAUCCCAUGAUGCACCACCCAAAGCCAACUCCGCCACCACAAAGGAAAAAGACUACAGAGAAUUAGAUCGCAAGAUUCUGCAGCUUUGUGGGGAGCUGUAUGAUCUGGAUGCCGCUUCACUUCAGCUCAAAGUCAUCAACUAUCUGCAGAAGGAGACUCAGUCUCAGUGCUGCUGUCUGCUGCUGGUGUCUGAAGACAACCACCAACUCUUCUGCCAGGUGGUUGGAGAUAAAGUUCUGGAGGAGGAGAUCAGCUUCCCUCUGAUGUUUGGGCGCUUCGGGCAGGUGGUAGAGAAAAAAAAAUCCAUCACCUUGCAGGAUGUUAGCCAGGAGGAGAGAAGGCAGUUGAGCAGUAUGCUGGGUUUUGAGGCCAACUCCAUGCUGUGCGUUCCUGUGGCCAGCCAGGCCACCGCCCAGGUGGUGGCGCUAGCAUGCACCUUUAACAAAAAGGGAGGACAGAGGUACACUGCAGCUGAUGAGCAUUUGAUCCAGCACUGUUUCUGUUACACCUCCACAGUGCUGACCAGCACACUGGCCUUCCAGAAGGAGCAGAAACUCAAGUUUGAGUGUCAGGCUCUACUUCAAGUGGCUAAAAACCUCUUCACACACCUUGAUGAUGUGUCUGUUCUACUGCAGGAAAUCAUUGUGGAGGCCAGGAACCUGAGCAAUGCUGAGAUUUGUUCAGUGUUUCUGCUCGAUCGUGUCAGUCAUGAACUCGUGGCCAAAGUCUUCGAUGGUGGGGUGGUGAACGAAGACGAGAAGGAGUUCCGUAUCCCUGCCGAUCAGGGCAUCGCGGGUCAUGUGGCCACCACAGGCAAAAUCCUCAACAUCAAAGAUGCCUACUCCCACCCGCUGUUCUACCGGGGAGUGGACGACAGCACCGGCUUCCGAACCCGAAAUAUUCUCUGUUUCCCCAUCAAAGACGAGAAUGGAGAAGUUAUUGGAGUUGCUGAGCUGGUGAAUAAGACGAAUGGACCGUGGUUUAACCGCUUUGAUGAGGAUCUGGCAACCGCUUUCUCUAUUUACUGUGGGAUCAGCAUUGCCCAUUCCCUGCUGUAUAAGAAAGUGCAUGAGGCGCAGUUCCGCAGCCACCUGGCCAAUGAGAUGAUGAUGUACCACAUGAAAGUGUCUGAGGAGGAGGUGACCAAACUGCUGACUAGUGGUAUCGAGUCAGUCGAGAAGAUUCACCCCAGCUUUGCCGAGUUCACCUACACACCACGCUCUCUACCAGAUGACAGCACACCAAUGGGUAUUCUGAGCAUGUUUGAAGAUAUGGGCUUUAUAAACACCUACAAGAUUGACCUGCAUACUCUGGCCAGAUUCUGUCUGAUGGUGAAGAAGGGCUACAGGGACCCACCCUACCACAACUGGAUGCACGCAUUCUCCGUUUCACAUUUCUGCUACCUGCUCUACAAGAACCUGGAGCUCUCCAACUACCUCGAGGACAUAGAGAUUUUAGCUCUCUUUGUAUCCUGCAUGUGCCAUGAUCUGGACCACCGAGGAACAAACAACUCUUUCCAGGUGGCUUCGAAAUCUGUUCUGGCAGCUCUUUACAGUUCAGAAGGAUCUGUUAUGGAGCGGCAUCACUUUGCUCAGGCCAUCGCCAUCCUUAACACACAGGGCUGCAACAUCUUUGAGAAGUUCUCCAGAAAGGACUAUCAGAGGAUGCUGGACCUGAUGAGGGACAUCAUUCUGGCCACUGAUCUGGCCCACCAUCUCCGCAUCUUCAAAGACCUGCAGAAGAUGGCACAGGUUGGGUAUAAUCCCAGAAGCCGGACACACCACAGUCUACUCUUGUGCCUGCUGAUGACCUCCUGUGACCUCUCAGAUCAGACCAAGGGCUGGAAGACCACCAGAAAGAUUGCUGAGCUGAUCUACAAAGAGUUCUUCUCUCAGGGUGAUUUGGAGAAGGCGAUGGGGAACAGGCCCAGUGAGAUGAUGGACAGGGAGAAGGCCUACAUCCCCGAAUUACAGAUCAGCUUCAUGGAACACAUCGCAAUGCCCAUCUACAAGCUACUGCAUGAGGUUUUCCCAAGGUCGACUGAGCUUUACGAACGCGUGGCGGCCAAUCGCGAGCAGUGGUCCAAAGUCUCACACAAGUUCACGAUCCGCGGCCUGCCCAGCAACAACUCCCUGGACUUCCUGGACGAGGAGUACGAGCUGAUGCAGGCUCAGGGCGCGUUCGGGGACGACAGCCACCGCAUGAACGGCUGCCUGGAGGACGACUGCGGCAAGAGAGACCAGUGACGCCAGAGGUCCUCCUGCUGACCGCUGAGAUCAAAAAUGGGAAAAAAAAACCAACAAAAAAAUUGAAACGUCAACGGUUCCACACCGAUGAUUCGCUCUAGAAAAAGGUAGAACCUUUUCGCCGUCGCCGUGGAGCGCAGGGCGACGUAGAGUUAAGACACUGGAGCUUGUGGGCGGGACUGAUAUGCUGCAGCUAAUGAUGUCAUUUCCAGCCAUUCAAAGCAUUUGUUUGAAAAAAAAAAGACAUUUCACUUGCGAGUCCUCGAGUGGUCGGUGUCGUCUCAUGUUUUCGUAAAAAAACAAAAACAUUUCCGAAUGUUCCGUAAACAUCGACUUCAUUUUGAUAGCUGAACAAAGCCUCAUGCGUUGUUUAAUUUUAUAUACUGUCCUACUGUAAACGUCAUCAGUCGCCUCUAAAUAUUCACAUACAGUGUAUAGAAGUGGAUUUUAGUUUUUAAAAAAAUAUAUUUAUAAAUAUUAGGACAUUUUUUCUUUCUAUAUAGAGAUGUAAGUGUUGCUAGCUAGCUGGUCAGUUUUACAUGCAAACAGUUUUUUUUGCAACCACAGUCCAAAUUUUAAGACAAUCAAACCAUAGGAGCCCAAAAUAUGCCCUCAUGAUAUAUUGUCUACAUCAUAACCAAACAAAUUCAGCCAUGAAUGAAGCUACUUUGAUUUAGAAACAUAGGCUAGGCUAAUAUUAUUAGCUUAAAUUUGCUUAUUAGCGUCAACUUUAAAUGCAUCGUACAUUAUACAUAGAACGAGUAUCUUUUUUUGGAAGUGCCACAUUUUCGAUUCUUUUUAUUUAUUUGUUUGUUUAUUUGUGUGUGCAUUUUCAUGAUAGCUUCAGCUCCUGGGUCAGUUGCAACAAACAUCAAAGGUAAGCUGUGAAAAAGUAAUCGCCCCCUAUUUUUGCAUAUUUGUCACAAUAAACGUUGUGACAUGAGAACAUGAGGAAACACAAAACUCAGUUUCUGAACGAUCAUUUCAUUUAU